GCUACUACCUCUGUUUGGUUGGAUACGCUCGAAUCCCAAAUGGACUGACUCGAAGAGGCGACGACUCAUCAAUGUAGGCAAAUUCAAUAGAGACAAUGGUGCACUUGGCGUAUCAGGAACUUCGCCAGUCAGCAGACCGUCCAAGUUCUUCGACACGCGUUAGAUUUACUUCACCGAGUGGCUUGGAGAAGGAUGAGUGCCGGACAUGGAAAGGUGCGCUGCUUGGUGGGGGUUUACUGACCUUCCAGAAGGCCAUCGAACGCUCGCAGAUGAUGUGGAUGGUUGGGAAGGUCCAUGGCGAGCCCGAUCGGAUCCCUGUGUCAAUCCCUAUCUGCAAGAGGAAACAGGAAGUCACCCAAGUGACGCCAACCAUUCAAUAUGGGUAAAUCCUCCGGAAUCUCAAUGAUAAUGUCUGGGGACAGCCUCUGGGCGCAAGCCACCUCAGCUGUAUAACCCUUCCUCCAGAUGCGGUGCCAAGCAGUUACAGAAGGUUACCCAUGUUACUCGUUCCAUACUUGCGCUCGAGGG